AUUCGUCGCGGCGGAAGAAAAUGCCCAGACAUUACUGCGCCCACGGCUGUUAUAACAGCAUUAUCGGUCGUGACACGCCGUCGCGCACGUUUCCCAGAGACGAGAAGUUUCCCCCCUUUAUAAUGUACUACGAGAGGAACGGCAAAACCCGUAUCUACGGAUCGUCGGCCUCGGUCAUGGACAAUGUUACGGCCUCCCUAAAUAUCAGCUACGACAUCGUGAAGCCUGAAGACAUGUUGUGGGGUUCCAAGAGUCCGGAAGGGGUGUACUCGGGCAUGCUGAGGGAUGUGGUUCUAAAUAGAGCGAACAUCGGAUUUGGCCCAUUCAAUAUGGAAGACUUCUUUUUCGGAGAGGAUCUUCUCGUCUCAGACAUAUUCCAGUACCCUGAAAUAGGAAUCACGAGCGGAGUUAAAGAUAUUGCCACUGGAAACUUCGGCAUUCUCAGCGCAUUUGAUUUAACCACGUGGGUCUGCCUUUUGAUCUCGAUGAUUGCAAUAAGCCUCAUCAUUCCUGCGCUGAAGCACACAUCUGCCACGGCCGACGGCGAGGUUCGAAAGCAAGCGGGCAAGGUUGCUUCCAUCUUCUGGGCUUUGAUCAGCAGCCUCUUGGGACAAGGUACCACUACGUUCGGUGGCCGCCGAAACUCGCGCUACGUGACCGGCGCGUGGCUUUUGGCCAGCCUGGUGAUCAGCACGUACUUCACCAGCCUCAUCGUGGCCGCCCUCACGGUGCACGCGUCCUUCGCCCGGAUCGAUUCUGCCGAGGACCUCGUCAAGUAUCCCCACCUCACGCCUCUCGUGCCCGCCGGAACGCAGGUCGCCACCAUCCUGCAGUAUUCAAAGUCUGGAGUCUACCGUCAGAUACAGGACAUGGUGGAACGACACCAAGGCCUGAGACCUGUCCCCGUACUGUACGCCCAGAACGACGUCGAGGAUAUACUGCGGAACAAAGCAGUCUUGCUGGUUGGGAAGUCUGCGUCCAAGUUCGAGCUGAAGCGUUACUGCUCUAUCCUGCGCGGUCGCUUCUACAUAAGCCAGGGAUUCCUCUUCAUCUGGAGGAGCGUCUGGGUCGCCAGCAAGGAAUUUCCUUUGGACUUAUUCAAGGAGAUGAACAAAAGGGUCAAGUGGUGGAUGGAGGCCGGCGUGCCGGCGCUGCAGUCCUACGUACUAGAGCCACCCGGCGGUGCCUGCUUCGCCGGAAGCCAGCGCUCGAGCAUCUACCAAUUUGACACUCUGCGCUUCGAGGAUCUCACCGGGUUGUUCUUCGCUCACCUGGCCUUCUCGGUCGUCGCGAUGGCCGUCUGCGCGCUCGAGCUCUGUCUUGGCCGAGGGCCGUCCAUCCACUGACAGUGACGCGGCUCAAUCGAAAAGCCCAGCCGACGCCACGCAGCAAAAAAAAAAAAAAAAAAAAGUAGAAAGUAGAAAGGCACAAAAGAGAAGGGGGGGCAGGUCCUUACCGCCAGCUGUGGUCUGCGACAUGAUAACAAGGGACUAGUCUACACUCCAAACCACCGGAAGGCUGUCAUGCGUCACCAGCCGCCGAGCUUCCUGUAACUACAUAUAGAAAUAUUUUCCUAGCACAUGUCAGGGCUAAACAGUGAUGUCGGCGGAUGUUGGGCGAGGAGUUUGUCGAGGAGUGGGCGAGGAGUUUGUCGCCUACCGGAGCACACAGUCAAGCCACUCCUUCCCCCCUAUAACGCCCUCGCGCGUACCACGGAGACACAAACAUGCUAAGCUUACACACACGCACACAGACAAGUGUGUUAGGGGGAAGGUGAUGAGAGAGGCGUUCCUUCCGCGCAAGUGUAAAAUUGUAGUUCGCCAUUCUUGGCAAUAAAACCACUAAUUACAUGCACACACGAAAGUCAUAUUGUUCAUACACCUGGGGCCCCAUGACGUAAAGCUAGUCCAAUAUGUUUUAUUCCAAUAUCCUGACGUCAAAUUUGCGUAACCGCCGACGCAAGCAUCGGGCGCUGACCCGAAGGGUUGUCUAAACAGACCAAUCAAACUCUCUCCUCGUUUAUGGGAAGUCACUUUUGUUUGCUUUAAAAACAAAUAACACUGCCUACACUGAGUGGCUUGUCUUAUUUAAUUGGCCGACAAGAAGCGAGGAGCACACUCAAGUGGAGAGGGCUUCAAUGGGGGCGAGCCAGUGCACUGAAAAUCGAUAACCGAAUGAAGAAGGUAGUGCCGGCGUCUGCGAUUGGUCAGCUUUCCCUUACUUAGCUUGCGAUGGCUCGUCGAAAAUUGUGGCGGCAUGCAACGGAAACUUAAGAAUGACGCUAAAAUGGAUCGUCAGCAAAGAAUAGUGGGCAGAACGAGGUCGUAAACGUGCCGAAAGCUCUCGAAAGGUUACACGGCCACGCAAAAGGUUUUAUUAUACGCAAAUAAUGCUCUCCGGCAGGUAUGAGUAGCCAGUGCCUGAGCGAUCGGCGGCAGCCAUCUUUAAUUCCUUUCGGAACGGGGCAGCCUGCGGCUAUUCAGAAAAAAAUUCAGUUUUGUUCGGCAUAUUAAUGUAUCUUUAACGCGUACACGCCACUUUGACGCGGUGAGUUUCCGUGGUUUUGUGACGUCGCGUGACAGGCAGGUGAAGUGGGUGCAGUCUGAAACCUUUUGACCAAUAGCCGAGGGCUAAUGACGAAAAGGCGUCGAAUCAGAAAUAACUAUUUUUCGUUUGUUCUGUCUAUUCAUGCAUAAUCAGUGUGUAGCGUCAUAUCAGAUAUUGUGCUAUCGCGGUUCUCGUGACGUCUCGUGACAGACAGCCGAAGUGGGGGUGAUCCAAAAAGGUUUUCGACCAAUCGCGGCGCGCUGAUUGCAGAAUUGAAAUAUAAAAGUUUGGAAUAGCUUUACUUUAUAGCGCCCCUGAAGCAAACAAAAUGCAUAAGAGUUUGAAACUAAAGCUAACAACGCGAACGAAAGUAAAUUAUUUGUGUUGCUCUCUGCAAGGAAAUUCCGUCCGACGUUUGAAGCACACCUGUGUUUAGCGGGGCAUGGCCGUAGAACAAAUACUUCAGCUAAAAAAAAAGAAACACACACACACACACACGCACACACACGCGCACACACACACGCGCACACACACACGCACACACACGCGCACACACG